AUGUCGCCGCGACGCUCAUCGCGGGCUCGUACUACGCAGCCCCCACCCAGCGUCGCAACGCACAGUAACUCGUCAUCGUCUGUCUCAUCAGCGCGUACGGAUCGUGCGUCGAGAGUCAACGCCAAACAGACAUCACCACCCAAGUCGUCCACCCCACACUCGCUCUCCUCGGAGGAGCCCGAAGAACCACCUCACGGUGCGCAGCCUGAGCCACCGCUGACACGCCGACGAACACGCGAGCACGACAAUGACGAAGAUGAGUCCGCGAAGCUCGAUGACGAGUUGGACGAAGACAUCGCAGAAGAAGACGAGAUCACCCGAUGCGUGUGUGGCUACCAAGAGUACCCGGGACCACCAUCAGACGCUGGCAAGCCUGGUUCAGCUCUGGUAGAUCCAGAUACUCAAACUGACGAACUCGGUGGUCUGUUCAUUCAAUGCGAUGUCUGCAAGGUCUGGCAGCACGGUGGAUGCGUGGGCAUCAUGGACGAAGCCGCCAGCCCUGACGAGUACUUUUGCGAGGAGUGCAGGAAAGACCUACACAAGGUCACAACGAGUCCUAAAGGUCAAAAGUACUCCCGUUACCUACCUGUAUACGAUCAACAACAGGGAAAGAACCGAAAAUCGUCCAUUUCCAGAGAAUCUGAUGGACACUCGAGCAAGGACAAGGAUCGCAACAACAGGGCGAGCGUGGACUCAUUCGGCAAGCGUCGAUCGACUAUGAACAGUCGUGCUGCCUACGACGAAGAUGAAGUGCUACGGAAAGUCAUCGAAGAGAGCAAGCAUCAAGGUGCCCCUGCUUCUGAGAACGGCAACCGGAAGAAGCGGAGUCGCGACGAUAGCGAAGAGACAAAACCAGAGAUCAAACGACAGCGUACUGGCUCUAGGUCCCCCAGUGGUUCGCCAGUCAUUGAAUCAGAGGACGACAGCACAAAAGCAUCUGCUCCAAAACAAAAGCCACGUGGCGCUGCGGCGAAAAGCCAGCGGGAAAAGGAACAACGUGAAAAGGAGCGCGAGAGCCACAGGAACGAAGCUGCAUCGCGACGAAAAGGGCGCGCCGAGCGGAGAAAGGGAGACGAUCCAGAAGAAGCCGAACCCACGCCUGCAGCCACCAUAGAAGAGCCCCCCAUGGCUCCGUUAGCGACCGAAACCACGGUGCCCGAGCCGCCCACCGCAGAUCUCAAGCCUGCGCCUGCACCACGAAGAGGAGGGCGUCCACCGCAGAAGGCACGUGGUCGGCUUGGACGAAACCAAUACUCGAGGGACACCGUACCCGCAACCAAUGGUACCUUGCCCAAGAACGAUGCUGCGCAGUCACCACAAGCGACCACCACCAAUGGCGCCACAAACGGUCAUCACGACAGUAGCGACGGGACGGCUGGGUAUAAGCCUGCCAAGAAGAAUUGGCGGCUACAGAAGCUCUCGUGGAACGAUAUAAGACGCCCGGCCGGAGCUAUGCAGAGCUACAUAGCGCAACGGCAAGUCGAGAUGGCUUCAGGUGUGAAGCACACAACUCUUGCUCUUGCUGUACAACCUGCUACGACUAUGGCCAACGGAGACUCAAACCAAGAGCAGUCUAAAGAAGACGACACGGAUCUGGCAUCUUUCAAGAAUUUAAGCACAACUCAGAUGAUGGAUUCAUUGAGCCGGGAUCUAGCGCACUGGCAAAAGCUUAUAUCCGAGCCGACUGAGAAGUCGCCGAAGUGA